AUCCACGGGAAAAUCAUAUCGCAACGUAGCGUCAUACAAAAUGUGGCUUGGUGUAGAAAUAAUUCUAUUUGGAGUCUUUUCCGUAGGAUUAGGCCAACAAUCGCCCAACACUACGCAACUGUCGUGUUUCCAUUGCAACCCUCUCAAUCAGAGUGCAGCCUGUGUGAAUCCGAUAAGCAAUUUUUUAGGGGCAACCAAUUGUACCACUUUAUUGGCAGGAAAUGCAACAGCGCACUGCUUUUCAGCUUAUAUAAAUUAUACUAGUAUAACGUACAGAUCGGGCGUAUACAGAAGCUGUACGAAUGUUUCCAAUUACUGCAACUGGCUCCAGCAGGAAUCCAUAAAGGAAAACGCCACAUUCAAUUGCGUAAUGUGCAACUCUUCCGCUUGUAACUCUCACCUUAUUAACACCUCUAGCGUGGCCUAUCCUCCCCCACAGGCGCCCAAUCCAGAGCCGUCUCAACCGCCGAAUUCGCCUGGAAAUACCAGCCGCAUGUAUCUGUCCUGCUAUUACUGCAACCCUGGAAGUCAAAAGUCGCAAUGCGCUAGACCGUCGCUAAACAACGUCGCAAUAGUUAAUUGCGCUUCAGUAGCCCCAAGCCUUUAUUCCAAUAUGACUUGCUACUCAGCAUAUGUGGAUUACAAUAACCUACCUGGCAGAUCAAGUGACACUGGCAUAUACAGAGGAUGCGGAGUUGUACCAACAUACGGAAGUUACUGCCAAUGGUUGAAUUCAUAUCUAAGCCCGGCCAGAGUAAUAUCCUGCAAUAAUUGUAGUAGCGGCACUUGUAACAACCACAGAUUCUCCAGCUCCGGGAAUAUCACCGGAGGAGCGUCAUCGAUAACCGUCAGCGUUUUUGGAAUGCUUCUAAUCAUUACUAUGUUAUUCGCAUCCUAGUCAAAACGUUUUUGAUUGCGUUGUACUUACCGUUCCACCAGUAGACGGUUUUUUAUAUUAAGUUAUUUAGUUGACCGACAUACUGGUACUCAUAAAAAUCCGUUUGUUAAUAAAAUUUUAGCAAAUAACAGACUUUAUGACGUCACUGUUUUCUACAGUAAUAAUUAAUUUUUGAUGUUUAGGUACCUUUGAAAAUGUAUAUUAACAAUAUAGAAUAACAAAAAGAACCGCUAAAUAUAGGUCUGUAUAAUAUGCCUAGAAAAAGUAAUGGGGACUUUCGUUAUAACUGGAAUAUUAGCCUUGCAAAUUACAAUUAGAAUUACUUUUAUUUCCGUAGCACAAUACAAUGUGUGGAAAAAGUUAAAAAAAACAAAAGAAUAACAACAACGAUACUAUAUAACACGUAACUUAUAAUAUAUAAAGAGAAGUAAACAAUAUCUCGUUUCGACAAACGAUCCUUAGAGAUACUUUACUUCAAUAGGCAAUAGAUUACAAUUUUUUUAUCCAAAUUGAAUCAGUAGAUUUUUUUCCCCGGUCUAGAUGAGUAAGAGAGGUCACUAAGGUUCCCGCAAUGUUUUAUAUAAAUCGGUGUUUGACGCAAUUUUGUUGUUAUUAGGAUUGGAAACCCCAUAGAAUGAAAUGUUAAAGGUGUGUGUGAAAUUAUAACGUUAGUAAUUAUUUACAUCCUACAGGA